UCAUUGUGUGUGUGUGAGAGAGAAAGAUGACAUAAGCCAGACUAAAGGAAGAAGAGAGGACGAGAGACAAAGAGAGGGAAGAGAGCAGAGAGGAACGGAAACAAAGCUGAGUGGAAGCUGCACUGGACGUCUCCUACUACAACUGCAAAACCCACAGGCACCAUGUCUCAGAUAGGGGAGUGUGAGGACGGCCAGGCGCAUCGUCCAGAAGUGCGGGACGAGGACCUGCUGGAAGCCAGGGAUCAGUUGGGCCAGAAGAAGGAGAUGAAAAGCAAGACCUUUGAGGUGAUGGAGGAGUGUGAGCGUGCUGGCAAAAGUGCUCCCUCGGUGUUCAGCAAAGUUCGCUCAGGAGCGGAAACAGCGUUCAACAAACCAGGCAAGAAGUAACGCCCGAGGACACCUACCGCCUACCCAGGCCCUCGCUCAACACAUUUCACUUCAUUUAUACUUUAGACACACAACUGACAAUGGUAGGAAAGAAAUCCUUUUUUUUUUUUUUUUAAAUAAAAGUUUGUAUACCCUU